UUCCGGGACGCGCCGCCAGGAGCUCUGGCCCGGCCAUGAGCGAGGCGCCGGCCGACGUGCGGGCUUUCUUGCGCGCUCACCCGAACCUGCGGCUCCUUCCCGGAGCCGGCAAGGUGCGCUGCGCCCUGACUGGCCACGAGCUGCCUUGUCGCCUGCCUGAGCUCCAGGUCUACACCUGCGGCAAGAAGUACCGGCGGCUGACGCGCGCCGACCCGGCCUUCGACUACGCCGCGUUCGAGCCGCACGUGGUGCCCAGCACCAAGAACGCGCACCAGUUGUUCUGCAGACUCACGCUGCGGCACAUCAACAAGUCCCCAGAGCACGUGCUGCGGCAUACUCAGGGUCGGCGGUACCAGACAGCCCUGCGGCAAUACGAAGAAUGUCAGAAGCAAGGCGUGGAGUACGUCCCCGCCUGCCUGCUGCACAGGAGGCAGCGGCGCAAAGACCCGACGGACAGCAAUGGGCCACCUCACCCCAAAGAAGCCUUCUGGGAGCCCGCAUCCAGUGAUGAGGGAGCCCUGAGCGAUGACAGCAUGACAGACCUGUACCCACCUGAGCUAUUCACCAGCAAGCAGCUGGGAGGGACUGAGAAAGGGGACAGCAGUGAUGAUUUUUUGAUGGAUGAAGAGGACAAGAAGCUAAGGCCCCAGAGAGAGAAGGGCGCUGGGGACAGAAAGGAGAUGGAAGCAGACCGGGAGCUGGUCCGUAAGCGUGGGGAGAAGCAGUUGGGCUCGUUGAAAAAGAAGUUCAAGAGUCAUCACCACAAGCCUAAAAGUUUCAGUUCUUUCAAACAGUCAGGUUAAUAAAAGAUGUCUGAGAAAGCACAUCUUGGAAACCUUCAAGAAAGCCUUUAGGUGUUUCCCCCUGUUCCUCUUUGGGCUGCCAUGUAUCCUCCAAACUGUGGGGUGUCCCUGGUGUCUUCUACACCCACUCAUUCUUGUCUCAGGACACUUGCUACCCCCUAAGACAGGGCCAAGAGGAUCUGUUCAUACAGCGGGGGUCCUGUCCCCCACACCCAGGAAGCAGCAUGGACUCCGAGAGAAGAGUUCUCUGGAUGGGGCUUCUGAAGGGCCUUCAGCAAAGCCUAAAGGAGCAGCUGAACUCACUGCAGCACCCUGAGGAGAGCCUGGCCAGACCCCUGCCCGGGCGGGGCAGCACCACAGGAGCACACUGCAUACAACCAAUGCCACUGUUUAUUUUGAUGUGUUUCCAAAAAUCAAAACGUUUUCAAGACAACUAAGGUAUAAGGUACAGCAUAAAAUGAGAUUUAUACUCAUUUCUCAAAUAAAGCGAAAAAUUUUUUUGGAAA